AUGCUUGGGCUGGAUCACAUGGGGAGAGAAGAAGGGCUUCGAGGAGGCCAAACAGAAGGCAAACUCGGUAUAUGCGCACCGAGACAACGGCCGAAUCGAGUUCAACAGCCCGGACAUUGCUUAUUUGCUCUGGCUUCGAAUAAAGGGCUUCGUCCCGGACUUUGUGGGAAAACCCCCGCGGGCCGCCCUAGGCUGCUCUCCUCGCAUCCGCGUCUACAGAUAUGUCAAGGGGCAGAGGUUUGGUCAGCACGUGGACGGCAGCCGAGAUGA